GUCUGGUCUUUCAGUCGAGCUGUUUAGGAUUUGACAACGACCAGACCAUCAAACCGAUGUGUUUCGAGAUAGUUGCAGUCGCUAUCACAAUUUGGUAACGGCCUUUCAGCUAAAGCGCACCCUAGUGGACUGCCCAGGUUGGGUUUGUUUUUUUACGACCACUUCGCCAUGUGAGGUUAAGACUUAGGAGAAGAAACAGCAUAACUCUGGGAAUGUCAACCAUACCGCUAUCUGCUUUUCACCAUCGCACACUUUACCACGAGUCUCAUUCAAACUGUUCGUACAUUUACGGCAAGGAUCCACUCUUAUGAACGUCGAUCAAGAAGAUCACAAACAUGUCAUUCCUCUCCACCAAAGCGCAACUCGUACACAAGUCUCCCCUCCCACCGAAGAUUACCCGGGAGCAGGCGAUAGAACUCUUACAAGACCACGAGUUCCUUCUCUCGUGCGACCCUCAUCUCGCCAAAUGCGAACCUCUCACCCCCAGUGCGCCGCCAGCCGUUCCAAGCGCUGUGCAGCCGCGAAUGCUAGGCGAGACAAAGUCCUACAAGGUCACCGAUGUUAUACACACGCUGCCCGCCGGGUUGUGGGACAGCAACGUUGUCAGCACGUAUGAGUUUGCGAAGCUGGACACUGGCCUCUUUGUCCGAAUCAGAAGCCCUCUCUCAAUGGUCAUGGAGACCGUGUGGGAGAUCAAAGAGGGGCCAGAUGGGGGGUUGGCGAUUGUGGAAAAUGUAGAGAUCAGCUGUUCGAGGUUGUUGAUUGGAAUUGCCAAAGGUCAAUGUGAAAAUGCUUGGGAGGGAAUUCAUGGGAAGAUGGUGAAGAGAUUGGAGGGUUCAGGCGAGGCACCGUAGAUCCAGCUCUUGAAAUCGUGAAGAUAUUCCUAUCAAAAUGACAGGACGGGAGACCGUGAACUAAAUGAAG